AUGCCUUCCUUCCCGUUGCUGGAGGCCAUCUUCAUUUUCCUGCUUUCUGGAGUACGCCCAUCUCAUCCUCUUCAGGAAGUCCACGUAAGCAGGGAGACCAUUGGGAAGAUUUCAGCCGCCAGCAAAAUGAUAUGGUGCUCAGCUGCUGUGGACGUCCUGUUUCUGAUAGAUGGCUCCUACAGUGUCGGGAAGGGGAGCUUUGAAAGGUCCAAACACUUUGCCGUCACGGUCUGCGACGCUCUGGACAUCGGUCCCGAGAGGGUCAGAGUGGGAGCACUGCAGUUCGGUUCCGUCCCUCGUCUGGAAUUCCCCUUGGAUUCGUUUUCGUCCCCACGGGAAGUGAAGGCAAACAUGAAGAGCAUGGUUUUCAAAGGAGGGCGCACAGAGACAGGCCUCGCUCUGAAAUACCUUCUGCGCAAAGGGUUCCCUGGGGGCAGAAAUGCCUCUGUGCCCCAGAUUCUCAUCGUCGUCACUGACGGGAGGUCCCAAGGGCACGUGGCGCCGCCGGCCAAGCAGCUCAAGGAAAGAGGUGUCACCGUAUUUGCCGUCGGGGUCCGGUUUCCCAGGUGGGAGGAGCUGCACGCGCUGGCCAGCGAGCCGAGGGAGCAGCACGUGCUGAUGGCUGAGCAGGUGGAGGACGCCACCAAUGGCCUUUUAAGCACCCUCAGCAAGUCUGACAUCUGCACCGCCGCCUCUCCAGACUGCCAGGUCCAGCCUCAUCCCUGUGAGCGCAAGACGCUGGAGACGGUCAGGGAGCUUGUGGGCAGUGCCCUGUGCUGGAGAGGAUCGCGGGGGACCGAUGCCGUGCUGGUGGCACUCUGUCCCUUCUCCAGCUGGAAGAGAGUGGUCCUAACCCACCCUGCCACCUGCUACAGGACAACCUGCCCAGGCGCCUGUGACUCGCAGCCCUGCCAGAAUGGAGGCACGUGUGUUCCAGAAGGACUGGACAGGUACCACUGCCUCUGCCCACCAGCCUUCGGAGGGGAGGCUAACUGCGCCCCGAAGCUGAGCCCGGAAUGCAGAAUCGACGUCCUCUUCCUGCUGGCCAGCUCAGCGGGCACCACCCUGGAGGGCUUCCUGCGGGCCAAGGCCUUCGUGAAGCGGUUUGUGCAGGCCUCACUGGGCGAGGACUCCCGGGCCCGCGUGGGUGUGGCCCGCUACAGCGGGGAGCUGAUGGUGGCCGUGCCCGUGGGCGAGUACCAGGACAUGCCGGACCUGCUCAGGAGCCUGGAUGGCAUCCCCUUCGGCGGGGGCGCCACCCUAACGGGCGGCGCCUUGCGGCAGGUGGCUGAGCGUGGCUUCGGGAGCGCCGCCAGGACGGGCCAGGACCGUCCCCGCAGAGUGGUGGUCCUGCUCACCGAGUCACCCUCCCAGGAUGACGUGGCCGGCCCGGCGCGUCAUGCGAGGGCCCGAGAGCUGCUCCUGCUGGGAGUGGGCACCGAGGCCGUGCGGGCAGAGCUGGAGGAGAUCACAGGCAGCCCAGAGCGCGUCCUGGUCUACACCGGCCCACAUGACCUGUUCCGCCAAACCCGUGAGCUGCAGGGGAAGCUGUGCAGCCGGCCGCCGCCAGGCUGCCAGGCGCGGUCCCUGGACCUGGUCUUCGCGUUGGAUGCCUCGGCCUCUGUGGGGCCCGAGAACUUCGCCCGGAUGCAGAGUUUCGUGAGGAGUUGCGCGCUCCGGUUUGACGUGAACCCCGACGUGACGCAGGUCGGCCUGGUGGUUUACGGCGGCCGGGUCCGCGUGGCCUUCGGGCUGGACACCCACGCCACCCGCGCCUCGGUGCUGCGGGCCGUGAGCCAGGCCCCCUACCUGGGCGGGGUGGGCUCGGCGGGCACAGCCUUGCUGCACAUCCAUGACAGGGUGAUGACGGUCCAGAGGGGCGCCCGGCCUGGUGUCCCCAAGGCUGUGGUGGUGCUCACAGGCGGGCUGGGGGCGGAGGACGCGGCUGUCCCCGUCCGGAAGCUGAGGAACAAUGGCGUCUCUGUCCUGGUGGUGGGCGUGGGGCCCGUGCUGAGGGAGGCGCUGCGGAGGCUCGCGGGUCCCCGGGACUCCCUGCUCCACGUGGCAACCUACGCAGACCUGAGGCACCACCAGGACGCGCUCAUCCAGUGGAUAUGUGGAGAAGCCAAGCGGCCCGUCAACCUCUGCAAACCCAGCCCGUGCAUGCACGAGGGCACCUGCAUCCUGCAGAACGGGAGCUACCGCUGCGAGUGCCAGGACGGCUGGCAGGGCCCCCACUGUGGGAAACGGUCCUUGAGAGGAGAUGCCCCCAAGGCCCGUGGCUCCCGCCGAGACCCCUCCCAGCAACUGCCCAGGUCUGAGCACCCCGGGCGCUGA